UUGGCUUUACGGGAACGUAGGCUUGUUUAAUUCUGGACGGAACUUCUUGUCAACUGUUACGAUCUUAUUAUUCGUAACUAUUGGUUUUUAUGGAGUUUUCUCGAAGAAAAAGAAGCAUUACUCCACGUGACCUCAUUGACACAGCUGUUAAUUUAGUAUCGCCUAUUUUUGAUGAUGUGGAUAUAGUUUGUCUCAUCAUAGUAAUUUUUUGAUAUUCGAUAUAAAAAGGCCAACGUGUAGAAGAGCAACAUUUGUAGCUGAUUGAAAUCGUUAUUGCAUGUUUUCUUUUAAUAUUCUAAAGAUGAUCACACCGACAAAACUUUUCAUUUUUCUAGUAAUACUUACUUUUAGUCUUGCAGAACUAGAUAAAAGCAAGAUUGCUUCAACAAUAUGCGGAGAAGGAGGUACACCAAAGACAACACCAUCUUGCAUUCCUAAGCCAGAUCCGACCGAUUUCAAAGGCAUUCCCAGCUAUACGGCCUUUGUCGAGUGCUGGCCUAAAGUGGCUUCCUGCGCUAUGUGCCAGGGUGACGACAGCAAGAAAAACGAAAUGGCCAACUGCACCAAAACGUACGACUGUGCCUUUGACGCCACCAGCUAUGCCAGUCCUGAUGUAACGAAGUGCUACUGGGAAAUAUUCUGUAAAACACCAGCUGAAUGCCAGAUACAGUAUGAACAAUGCGUGGAAGACAGUGCAGAAGGGCUAUUUAAAGAAUUUAGAGACUGCGUGGAGAAGAAUGUAUAGCAUCAGCAAGCUGAAACAAAUUUUCUGUUUCCUCCGGUACAUUAACUUUUCAAAAUAAAUACCUCAUGCUAAAAAAAGGGCUGUUUGC